AGUCCGCAGGUGUAGACCAUGGUAGGGAAACCCAGAUCGAUCGCUCCUCACUCGAAGAUAACGACUUUCCAAUAAUCCAAGGAAUCAUUAUCAUUUUGAGCUACCGGUGGGAAAGUAUCGACAGGAUUUUAGUCCUGUCCUACAAUAUCCUAGGCUAGUGUGUCCAUAUGUACGUGUAGUUUAGGAGUUUUCCAGUAUCCAAUGGUAUCAUCGACGAGCAAACGGAGUUGGAAUUCAUUGUCGAAAAUAAUGGCCCACGGACAAACUGUUUGUCGGGCUGCUGUCCUACUGUUGCUCCUGGCUUGUUCUGCUCAACCACUUUCUGCAGCAACUACUCCGGCGUGGUUGACAAGCGCAAUUCGAGCACAGGCUAUCCUUACGGCCGAUACUGAUGUAUCGAAAUUGGCAUUAUGCGGCGCCAACGAUGCUUCCAACCAGCUGAUCUAUACCCCUUUACAAUGGCAGGCAGCGCGACCAGAUUUGGAGAAGGGCAUGGGGAAAGCGUGCGUAUUUGGUCGAUGUUUGAGAGGAACCACACAAAUCCACAGCCAAGUGAAAAGCAUCGGAAGCCUGUUGUCAUUAGGAGUUCGCAGGCUGUCACUCAACCUUCAUUACACUGCCACUGUGUUUGGUGUGGACAAGUACAGGAUGUGUCGUAGUGAUUCGUACUUUUACACAGGAUGUCAGAAUUUGUAUAACGCACUAAAGCCCUUCGAUGCCUGUUCCUCUAUUCUGGGAGUACCUACAAUUGAUCAGUACACCACAGGCUGCACGUCGAACAAGGAUGCCGCUGCAAUGCAUAUAUUGCAUGUAGUUCAGUCAACACUUGCCAGCCAGGCACUCACUGUCCAGCAGCUUGCAAGCUUCCGUUCUCAAACAGGUGUGAGCAGUACUGCAUGGCCAACAGCAAAACAGAUGGUUGACAUCUACAAGAAGCGGGUUAUCCUUCUGUCAGCCGCCAACUCAAUUUAUCUCAACGACUACAUCCACGCCCAUCCAUCUCCAAUGAGUUCAGCUGUCAAUGCCGCUAAUGCUGUGAAAGUCUAUGACAACAGUGGUUACAUCGUGCAAUGUGCUGCCAGCAAUGCUGCUUUCCAGCCUGUCUUUGAAAGUCGCAAGAUACUCAAGCUGGAGGAGGCCUUAGCUGAUGGUACACACGUACAGCCAGUAUCCAACGAAGAUGGUCCGGUCCAGAUUGGUACAAUUGGCGCACAAUACGCGAUGUCUAUCCUUCAGUGCGGUAGAAGUCCUUCAAUGGACUAUGUGGACAUGGAUCGGGUGACCACAUCUUGCCUCUGGACAUAUGCACAAGGAAGCCAGACUCCAACAAGCUCUGAUGAUUACGUAGUCUUCACUGCUGCCAGUGGAUGGACCACUGUUGAUCGCACUGCCGCUGGAACUCUUCAGAGGGCUUGUCGUAACAAGGAUGACCCACAGGCUUGGGAGUUGUCACCACAAGGCCGGCCAUGUGAUGUUAUGUACGAGUUUGCAGUACCUGCUAGUGCGCAGCAAGCCCAAUCGCUGAGGACUGCUCUGGUGCAAGCUAAUGUUUCAUCAGCGCUCCUGCCAUCAGGUUUACCUGGGGUUACAAGCCCUCAAGGCAGCAAUCCGGGAACGACUGUCCUUCCAAGUACGAAGUCGCCAUCCAGCAAGCCAACUGUUUUCCAUACCCUUGUUGGACUCCUUGUCAUGGCUGCUAUCGCUCAUGUUGUUGCACUUUAGAAAGGCUAUGCUAGCUAUCUGCCGGAUAAUCUGGACAUCAUGUAUCAUGUGUAUCACAUGUAUGAUCGAUGCAGUGCUUGUAUUGCUAUGUACUUUAUCAUGCCCGGGAUGAUGUCACCGUAUGCCAUUCAGUAUGUAACUCUAAUAUGGGAUGAUGUCACCGUAUGCCAUUCAGUAUGUAACUCUAAUAGUACACUGUACAGUCUAGGUGGGUUCAAACAUACUAAGUCUUAUUUUCUGCAUGUGGUGCACAAUUGUGCCAGAAACUGACUCCAGUGCUGUGUAUAAUACUUCCCUCCCGAGAGGCACACAUGAAUUUAGAAAUCAGGAUGGACCUGUUCUCAAUGUCGCGGCGGCUAUUCCUGAUUCAUCCUUUAUUGCUUCCUGAUCACAACAAAGAAAAAUUAUGCCGAAUGUGGUAGCAAAUUUUGUGAACUCAAAUAAUUGCAAAGAUGUAAGUUGGAAAGUG